CAAGUACUGUGUAUACUCACCAUGUGGCGAAACACCAACCUCCUCCGCGCCCGCUCCCACCCCAUCCCCCUCACCAUCCAGUUCCAAUCCACCCGCUCCCUCCUAACCACCAGCCAACAGCGCCCCCUCGCCCCCUCCCAACCCACCCACCGCGAACGACACCUCGAAUCCGACCUCGACCGCCACCUCCUCCGCCCCGAACACACCGAGAACUCCAAAUCCGGCACGGACGACGAAGCCGCGCAUCACUGGUCAUCGUAUGAUCCGACCAUCACGGAUCCGGAUCUGGAGGUCCUGGCCUGUGAAGAGGAAUGCGAGCUGGACGGGGACCUGGAUGAUCCGUUGUAUGUGAGUCCGGGGAAUCGCGAGAUCAGUCGGUUUUUGGAUCCGAUGGUGGGUGGCGCGGUGCAUAAUGAUGUGAGACCGGGGCCGAGUGGGCGCGGUUGGACGAGGAAGCAUCGGGAGGUUCAUGUGAAGAAAAUCCCGGGGAGUCAGUUUGAGAGGUAUGAUCGGUUGUUGAGGGAGUUGAGGGAGGCGGAGAAGCGGGUUACGAAAUGAGGUGUGGGUUGAUGGACUGCUUCUGUACGGAGAAUUCAGUCCGCUUGGAUGGUUGGGGGAGCUGCCCGGAAUGGUAGCAAGAUUGUGUGUUGAUGCAGGUGAGUGGUUGCUGCAUAAUUGUACAGCAUUGGCUUGACUUGCUGGAAGACGAUCGCUACGUGCAAGUGUUACCAGAUUGACCUCAUGUUAUUGGACAUACACAAAAAUGGACUUCAAAGUUUGAAGUUGAAUAAAGGAUUGAUUAUUAU